AUGUAUGCCAUUACUACUAGAAGUGGGAAGAUCCUUGAGAGUGAACUAAAUGUUGAGAAGAGUCCCGAUGUGAGGAUAGGACUUGAGGUUGAGGAUGAAUCAUCAAGAGAGAAUGAGAUUCUAGAGGGAAGUGCCGGAAAGAAUGAGAGGGAUGUAGUAAAGAGCUUGCAUGUUUCUAUACCCUUUGUGGAUGCUAUGAAAGAGAUGCCACACUACUCUAAAUUCCUAAAAGACCUCCUGAAUGGAAGGAGAGAAGUUGAAACCGUUAGCUUAACCGCAAAUUGUAGUGUUAUUCUCUCCAGUAAGCUACCAACUAAAUUGCAAGAUCCCGGUAGUUUUUCCAUCCCUUGUUCUAUCAAUGAAGUUCAUUUGGGGAAAGCUUUGUGUGACCUAGGUGCUAGUGUGAGUUUAAUGCCUUUCUCGGUCUACCAAAAGCUUAAUGUGGGAAACCUUUCACCUACAAACAUCACCCUCCAAUUAGCAGAUAGGUCCACAAAAUUGCCUAUAGGGAAAGUAGAGGACAUACCCCUUAGAGUCGGUAAGUUCACUUUUCCGGUGGACUUUUAUGUUCUUGAAAUGGAUGAAGAUGAAAUAAUUCCUAUAAUCUUGGGUAGGCCAUUCCUAGCUACCUCUAAAGCAAUUAUUGAUGUCAAAGAAGGCAAGAUGACCUUGAAGGUUGACAAUGAUUCUAUCGAAUUUGAUUUGAAUAAGGUAGGUGAUCAAAAGGAGAUGCAAUUAUAUGAGGAAAUGCUUGAUGAGAAAGAAGAGACAACCCCCGACCAAGAGAUGCCCCAACCGUAUGAAGUCUUCCAAGUAGAAGAGGAGGAAAUCUCCAAUGGUAAGGUAGCUCCGAAAGUAGAAUUGAAACCUCUACCUUCGGGCUUGAGGUAUGUCUUUUUGGAUGUUAAUGAUACUUUUCCGGUCAUUAUCAAUGCUAACCUCACGGAAGAGCAAACCUCCUCAUUGAUUAAUGUUUUGAAAAUGCAUAGGAAGGCUUUGGGUUAUACUCUUGAUGAUCUCAAAGGUAUAAGCCCCUCCCUAUGCAUGCAUAAGAUCGAUUUAGAGGAGGGUGCUAAGCCGUGUAGGCAACGGCAAAGGAAACUUAAUCCUUCCAUGCAAGAGGUUGUGAGAAAGGAAGUUUCCAAGCUACUUGAAGCAGGGAUCAUCUAUCCAAUCGCUCAUAGUGAUUGGGUAUCCCCGGUUCAAGUAGUGCCGAAAAAGGGAGAAAGAUGUGAGAGUGCCAACUUGGUGCUCAAUUGGGAGAAAUGCCACUUCAUGGUGGAAAACGGCAUUGUUCUUGGCCAUAAAAUCUCCCAAGCGGGCAUCGAAGUCGAUGGUGCGAAGGUUGAUGUGAUCGAGAAGCUUCCUCCUCCCACAAAUGUGAGAGAAGUGAGGUCCUUCCUUGGUCAUGCCGGCUUUUACCGCCGCUUCAUCAAAGAUUUCUCUUUGAUUGCUAAGCCUCUCACAUCUCUCUUGCAACAGGAUAAAGAAUUUGUAUUUGAUGAAGCUUGUCAUGAGUCAUUUUGCAGGUUGAAACAGGCCCUUUGCACCGCCCCCGUAGUCCGAGGACCGGAUUGGUCUCUACCAUUCGAGCUAAUGUGCGAUGCAAGCGACGGGGCCAUUGGAUCGGUUCUGGGACAAAGAAAGGAUGGGAAACUUCACGUUAUAUACUAUUUGUCCAAGACUCUCAACGAUGCCCAACGAAAUUAUACAACUACCGAAAAAGAGUUUUUGGCGGUUAUCCACUCAUUUGAGAAGUUAAGAACCUACCUCAUUGGUUCCAGGACAAUAGUGUAUACCGAUCACUCGGCUCUCAAAUAUUUGAUAAGUAAGAAGGAGGCCAAACCGAGGUUGUUGAGAUGGGUGUUGGUCCUUCAAGAUUUUGAUUACGAAAUGAGAGAUAAGAAGGGAGCCGAGAACGUGGUGGCGGACCACCUCUCUAGGUUAGGAGCUGCAAGAAUACAUGAAGACGAUUUUCCAAUUGAAGAUGCCCUAAUGGAUGAUGUCUUAUAUGCUCUUGAGGCAAAAUCAGAGCCUUGGUAUGCGGAUAUUGUGAACUACUUGGCUUGUAGUGCCAUACCUCCGGAUUUCACUCCUCAACAACAUAGAAAGCUCAAGCAUGAAGCAAAGAAGUAUAUAUGGGAUGACCCCAUGUUGUUGAAGAGAGGGGUGGAUGGACUCUUGAGAAGAUGUGUUCCUAAUGAAGAAUUCCAAGAUGUGCUCUCAAUGUGCCACUCAUCCCCUUGUGGUGGUCAUAUGAGUGCUCAAAAGACCGCUUCCAAGGUUUUGCAAUGUAUGCUCUUUUGGCCGUCUCUAUUCAAAGAUGCUUGGCAAUUUGUUAAGACUUGUGAUAGGUGCCAAAGGACAGGGAACAUAUCACGGCGCGAUGAGAUGCCCCAAAAUCCUAUUCUUGAACUUGAAAUCUUUGAUGUUUGGGCAAUUGACUUCAUGGGCCCUUUCAUCUCAUCCCAAGGAAACCGGCACAUUCUAGUUGCCGUUGAUUAUGUCUCCAAAUGGCGGAAGCCGUGGCAUCUCCCACCAACGACUCAAGGGUGGUCAUCAAUUUGUUCAAGAAAGUCAUCUUCCCAAGAUUCGGUGUUCCUAAGGACCGCCUUCAAGACUCCUAUAGGGACUACCCCCUAUAAGCUUGUUUAUGGGAAGAAUUGCCAUUUACCCGUAGAGAUGGAGCACCGAACGCAUUGGGCAAUCAAGCAAAUCAACUUUGAUCUCCACAGUACGGGUGAGCAAAGGCUUCUAGAGCUUCAUGAGUUGGAAGAGCUGAGAAUGAAUGCAUAUGACAGUGCAAGCCUCUACAAAGCAAGAACCAAGGCAUGGCACGAUGCUCGAAUUUCCAAGAAGGAAUUUGUGGAAGGACAAAAGGUCCUGCUCUACAAUUCAAGACUCAAGCUCUUCCCCCGGGAAAUUGAGAUCUAG